CUCCACAUAUGAUUCUACUUGUCAAAUUGCACAAGAGAUUGCUGAGAAAAUUCAACAAAGAAACCAGUAUGAAAGAAAUGGUGAAAGUACAACCAAGCUUACCGUGACAAUCAGAGCUUUGUUGCAGAAUCUGAAGGAAAAGAUCGCCCUUUUGAAGGACUUAUUGCUAAGAGCUGUGUCAACACAUCAGAUAACACAGCUUGAAGGGGACCGAAGACAGAACCUCCUGGAUGAUCUUGUAACUCGAGAGAGACUACUCCUGGCAUCCUUUAAGAACGAGGGUGCGGAGCCCGAUCUCAUCAGGUCCAGCCUGAUGACGGGAGGGGCUAAGCGAGGCGUACCCAACCCUUGGCUCUUUGAGGAGCCGGAGGAGACCAGAGGCUUGGGUUUUGAUGAAAUCCGGCAACAGCAGCAGAAAAUCAUCCAAGAACAGGAUGCAGGCCUCGAUGCCCUUUCUUCUAUCAUAAGUCGCCAAAAACAAAUGGGGCAGGAGAUUGGGAAUGAACUGGAGGAACAAAAUGAGAUCAUCGAUGACCUCGCCAACCUGGUGGAGAACACAGACGAGAGGCUCCGCACUGAAACCCGGCGUGUGACUCUGGUGGACAGAAAGUCAGCGUCCUGUGUUCUCAUCCAUCAGACGCCAACCCACUCUGUGCUUCUGUUCCUGAGGCAUGAGCUUCCUUCUUCCUGCCAGAUGCCCAGCCGCCUCCACGGUGCCUUCCCAGCCUUUUCACAUAACUUCUCUGCACAUGACCCUGAAACCUGGGAGGCAGAGAGAUGUGGGUCCGCUCCCACCUGCCUCUCUUAUCCUCUUUGAUUUCUGUAUAAACUUAAUCCUGCUUAGCCUUGGUUUCCUCAGUGGUGAAAAGUGGAUGAUCUGAUUAUCAGAAUUAAACUCUAUAGAAUCUG